AUGCACUUGCCUGUUGUGAAGCUGUCACCUAUCGCCGCCCAGUUUGAUACCCAAGAGACGACGCGCAACAGGGCCUUGUCCGCACCCACACCCACGCCGCCGCCGGCUGGAAUCGCGGCGCCGGGGCCGACGCAGGAUGGGAUGGCAGCGGACUGCUCCCGCUUCUGGCUCGUUCCUGGGGCGGACACGUGUGAGUCCAUCGCCAAGAGGGCCGGCAUCGCCCAGGACAGCCUCAAGUACUGGAACCCAGCCCUCAAGGAUUACUGCAGCGGCCUGGAGCUAGAUGUGUACGUGUGCGUCGGGCGUCCUGACUCUGCUGGAGGCGGCGGCGGCGGCAGCGGCAGCGCAACCACUCCUUGGACAACAUCUGUAGCAGUACCCUCGGCAAGCGGCACCGCCGUGCCCACGCCGCUGCCCACGCAGACCGGCAUGGUGCAGGGAUGCCGCGAGUUCUACUACGGGCAAUCAGGGGACGGGUGCUGGGCCAUUGCCAACGCCAACGGGAUUGAGCUGAGUUGA